AUGAAAAUUUACGUGGAAGGUGAAGAUAUUACCCAGAUGUGUAAGGAUGAUUCGUUGACGUGUAAAGAAUCGAAUGCUCCGUCAUUAAAGGAGACUAAUGUUGUAAAUGACGAUAAAGAAAUUGUUGUAGUAGUUUGUGAAUGUGAUAAUCAUACUUGUAAUAAAUGUAAAAAAGAGAAAAUAGAAAACUGUGAGUGUCAAUAUUGUCAGGAAGAGCAGACUGGAUUUACUCCUAAACACUGUCAGAGAUCUGGAUUCGAACGCAACAAUGUCUUUGAUUAUGAUGAUGAUGUUCCUAUCUUGAUGUAUAAAGGCGAUUAUGAACUGAAACUUUUAAAACAAUAUGGGUAUAUGAAGUGUAUAUCAAGGUUUGCUCGUAGUAUAAUGGAUAGAUUAGAUAAGUUUCAGAUUAUAUAUAAUAAUCCAACAGCUACGUACUAUGCUGGUGAUACUGUGUAUGGAUAUGGCUGGGUCGUCAUUAAAGAGUUAAUGUAUGUUCAAAUCUUCUUGGAGCCAAAUCUACAAAGAUUUUACGUUUUUCAAAUGAAAUCUUAA